AUGUUUCCUCGGGCAGUGAGACGCGCCGUCUCGGUGGGUGUGUUCGCCGCGCCCGCACUGGUGGCGUUCUUUGACUGUGGAACUAUGGCAUCAGAAAAAUCACCUCUACUUGUCAAUCAAGUUGUCACCUGUGACAACGAAGAGAAAUCAUCAGUUGCCGUCCUACUAUCACCGAAGCUGAACCACAUCACGCUCAAGUGCCCUGACAAUUCGACCGCCGUGCCCGCUGCUCUUGGUUAUCCAACAAACAGGACCGUCUGCCCGGCGGAGUCCGGAGGUCAAACUUGUACAGGCAAGGAGAUACCGUUGGAAAGCCUGCUUCCCGGGGCAAACGAUAGCUGGUGGUCAGGUGUUGAUAUCAAGACUGGCGUUAAGCUCACAAUUCCUGAAGCGAGCUUCCCCACAACAUCCAAGUCGUUCGACGUCGGCUGCGUCAGCAGUGAUGCCAGCAAGAGUUGUAUGGUCACAGUCACAGUGCCACCCAGAGCCUCAUCGCUUGUCAACGGUGUCGCAAUGUGCUCUUACGGUGCAAACGAAACUCUCGGCCCUAUCACAUUGUCCGAGGGCGGAUCUUCUACGAUGACCCUCGUUUGCGGCACGGAUGGGAAGCCAGUUCCUCCUGAUCCUAAGCAGGUUUGUUCUGGGACGACCGUCAAGGAUUGUAAAGCAAAACCGUUCACUGAUGUUUUCCCAAAAUUCAGUGCUGAUUGGUGGCAGGGAAAACCCGACACUAAGGAUGGUGCAAAACUAACGAUCAAGAAAGGUGCAUUUCCUCCAAAGGAGGAAAAGUUUACUCUUGGGUGCAAGAGCGUAUCGAGUCCGGAGGUUUACUGUACUGUGCAGGUGGAGGCAGAGCGCGCGAGUGCAGGGAUCAAGUCGUCGGCUGAAAAUGUUGGUCGCGUUUCCCUUUUCGCUGUAACAAUUGGACUCGUAGGCUCGAUAGCGGCUGGCGUCGCGUGA